AAUCCGACCAGCAUACACCCCCAUCAAACACUCAAACGGGACGCGAAACAGCCAGCGACGACGCGACUGACCACUCAGGACCUCACCGACACAUACGCGACGCGACUCGCGACCAACAUUAUCUCGCAUUAGCACUGACCUUCUGCACGGUUACGCACCCCAGUCUGUAACGGACCUCUCUUCCCACCCCCAUUUAGGACUCUUUCUGCUCUCUGGAUUGAAAGGGUAAACGUCGUCGUCAUGAAGUUCCUCGAGAUACGUGAUUUGGAAGUAUUGAAUAGGGCGUUGGUGUUUGAUACGCAUGAUUGUCAGGUAUUGGGACGGUGUGAGUUGUACACCACGAAGGCUGCUGGACAUGACAAGAAGUUGUACAAACAGCUUGACUCAAGACUGGAGCACCGCUACCAGGAAGAGAUGGAACUUUCUAUGUCGCUUUCACCUGAUACUCCUCGCCAGCAGCACUCUCUCCCAUCCUCCUCCUUCGAGCAUAUCAUCCGCUCGCCCUUCGGUCCACUGGACCAACCGUCCUCCCGCAAGACUUUUGCUUACCUGGUAGCAACCCUCAAUGCUUCCCACCCGGACUACGACUUUUCAAGUUUGAGGCCAUUUGACUUCAAGAAGGAGAGAAAAGUCGAGCACGUCAUGAGCAAUGUCGACGUCCUGCUCGGAAACGUCGGGAAAGCGGAAGUCACAGGCGCAAUGUGGGAGUGUAUCGACAAACAUAUCGAAUUGGAAGGCUGCGACGUCUACUCCUUCCGUCCGGACGCCGAUUCGGAUCCGUUUGGAGAGGAGGCGUUGAUUUGGUCGAGAAGUUACUUUUUCUUCAAUAAGGGAUUGAAGAGGGUGCUUUAUCUCAACCUGAGAAGUGUUAGCCGUGCGUCACCGUUGUUGGCACCUGAUGAUGGACCCGCGGCGUGGGACAGCAGGGGUUACUACGAAGACGACCUUAUCGAGGAUAUGGAGCUUUAAGUA